AUGCAUUUCGGACAGGUUAGUUGCGAGGCUGGAGCCCAUCACCCGUGUCGCGGGGGGGGGGGUCCUCUUUUUCUUUUGUCGUUCCCCUUUGUCCUCUUCCUCUUGCUCCUCCUCCUUCUGGUCGUCCUCGUCCUCGUCGUCCCCAUCCUCGUUCUCAUCCUGUGCACGGCAGCUUGUCCGAAACUGUCUUGUCCACCAGCUGGACUCGAGAGGAUGCUGCAUUUCGGGAAUUGGAGCUUGCAGAAGAAGUGCACAACAAUGUCCGAUCACGCUGGGGCUCCUCCAGGGAUCUGGGUCCAAGAGCCUUGGCAGUUCGUUUUGUUGGUCUCGACCUGUCGGGCUCGACCAGCGAGGACUGGUGCACAGUGCACUUCGGCUGGAGUUUACUUCUCUAGUACUGUUGGGGGAUCGGCUUGCGUGUGA